AUGGCAACAACUCAACCGGUCGCACCACAGACUGAACUUGUCUCGCCUGCCUACAAACCACAAGAGAUCUCCUUUCCGCUACCAAAAGCGCUCCAUACAACCGCACAUGUCCAUUUGACGAUCCUAGAGACAUGCGUCACUGUAUUCCUGGCUACAGCGACACCAGGAGAGCCCGGAGGCUCGCUGAAGCCGAUGGGGAGUUUCAUCUACGCCAUGCCUGAUCGCUAUUCCCCCCGUUCGGUCAUAUCAACUGUGUUAUACUCCUCCCCCUCGACGGAGGAAUAUACGUCCCGAGUCGCCAAGAUCCUGGCCCGACGGAUGAACGUCCCUGUCUACGUGGGCUGUAGCAUCGAUCCUCGGGCCCUCGAGUUGGCUGUUGAUGAGGAGAUGGAGGGAUUGAGUAAGUUGGUGGAGGUGAUUAUGGAUAGGUGGGAGAAGAGGAAGAAUCAACCCAAAAUAGCUGGAUGA